CUGAGCGGCUCUUACUCUGAUCACAGUGCUGACUCACUAAUCUAAACUGGGAGUUUAAUGUCUUUACUGCUGUACAAGCUUUGUUCUCAAACGUUCACCAAACGGCCACCAAGAGCAGUUUUUACUUCUUCAAGCACAGAAGAAGUGGAGACCAAAAAAUAGCAGAAGUAGGAGAGUUUGAGCGAGCGUCAUGUCUCGGUGCCGCCCCCACACACUGGGAGAGGAAACUCUAUCAGAAGUGAUAAACGGCUGAGUGUGAGGUAACAGGGAGUGAGAGAAGCAGAGAAAGGUUGCAGAGGACAAGAGAACAAGAGCCGGGUUGAGAGAGAAAACCACGGAAAAGAGGGACAAACAGAGUUCAUGAGGAAGAGUCAGUGAAGGCAAGUACAAAGUCAGCUGCCUCAGUCAUCCAGCACUGACAGCUCUGCUGAUCACAUGGGCUGAUGUCAGCCCUCGUUGCGUUUUCCCUCCAACCAGUGGAAAAGAGGAGACACAUGUCCACACCGUUACAAAUGAGGAUUGGACACACAGAGCAAAGCAUCCCCGUGCUAGAAAAUUAAGAAGGCAUUCUUUAGGAAAAGGCCUACACCAGAUGACUGAUGGGACUCCCUGAUGGAAACGUAUGAGCAUUUCUGCACCACCGCUGACGUCUGGAUAAUAUACUUGAAUUCAGGAGAAAAGGUGUCACAGAGGAUCUCCACCCCUAUUCCAGAAUGACCUCGGAGUAAGCAAAUAAGGAUCAGCACUUUUAGGAGCUUCAGGGCGAACCCUCAGAACUGGACAAAUGAGAGGAAAAUGAAUGAAAGCGAAAUCAAAUGUGGCAAUGCAACAGAUAUAAAGGAAUACCAGCAUUACAUCUAUGCCAUCAUCUACUCUGUAAUUCUGGUUCCGGGGCUGAUCAGCAACGUUCUUGCUCUCUGGGUUUUCCAUGUGUACGUGAAGGAGACAAAGAAGGCUGUGAUCUUCAUGAUCAACCUGGCCAUCGCAGACUUGCUGCAGGUGCUUUCGUUACCUCUGCGCAUUUACUACUACCUGAACAAAUCCUGGCCUUUCGGUCAUGCCCUCUGCAUGUUUUGCUUCUAUCUGAAAUAUGUCAACAUGUACGCCAGCAUCUACUUCCUGGCGUGCAUCAGUGUGAGACGGUGCCUGCUCAUCAUCUACCCACUGCGCUACAAUGCGAUGAAGAGGUGGCGGGACAGGGGCUGGUGUGCGGUGGGCUGGUUCAUCGUCUGUAUCGGAUGUCUGCCUUUUCCCCUACUGAGAAAAGUAGACUCUCCUAUGCAAGAGAUUUGCUUCUCAGAGCUGCCGAUGGUGUCGCUGUCCAUGGCUAGCGGAGUGACUCUUGUUACCAUGGCCGAGAUCGCGGGUUUCUUGUUACCACUGGGUCUGGUCCUCACCUGCACAUGGCUAACCGCUGCAAGCCUGCGAGAAAAGAACUGCAUCUUGCAAGAUGCCGGCGAAAAGCGCAAAGCACUGAAGAUGGUGCUGAGCUGUGCCUGCGUCUUCCUGGUCUGUUUCAUGCCUUAUCACAUCACCUUCCCUCUGGACUUCUUGGCCAAGUCAAAAAACGUUAGCUGCACAUUCAGGAACGCUGUCCUACGCUCCCAUCCUAUAACCUUGUGUCUGGCCAGCUUCAACUCCUGCCUGGACCCAGUGAUGUACUAUUUCACCACUGAUGAGUUCAAGCGGCGUCUCUCCAGGCCAGAGCUGCCGGAGAGCUUCCAUUUGCACCGCAGGAUCUCCUGCACAAUGACCGAGGUGACGGCACUGCAGUCUGAGCAAAAAGAGUGAAGGUAUCCCUCAAGACAUUGUGAAGACAGAACCUCAAAUAGCAACAGCAAAGACUCCAGGACAGACCACUUUACUGUAGUAACUGUUGUUGAGGGUAAGACCCCACAAAUCCUGCAGACUAAGCUUGAGAAUAAAUCUGAGGAAGGGCCCUUUAAGCCCUUCACAUUUGCUCCUAUGUUCCUUAUGUCGAUGUUCCUUACUCAGGAGAACUUCUGAUGGGGAAUAUAAAUGAUCUAUGCACUGUGAGCCCAGUAGUGUAAAAUAGUCGCUGCAGAAUAUUUAUGAAUGAAUAUUUAUGGCCCUGUUAAAGCGUCAAAGGGAUGUGUAUUAUGUAAAAAAUCUGAUGAGUGCUCACUUAAAUAAGUGUUCAAUAAAGUCAUUAAGCUGUGCUAACAGUAAGUGACAUUUUCAAAACAAUGUCAAGAGCAUCUCCUCUCAUAAAUAUGGGGAACAUAAGGAUUAUGCAAUAGUGAAAUCUUGUGACCAAUAAACGCAGCAAAGCUUCACACAAACACACACUAAUUUCAUAAAAAGACAUUUUAAGAAAAGGGACAUGUUGGUCACUUGGACGAAAAUAAAACAAAAGCACUUUUCUAAA